AUGGCUGUCACUCAAGCGCUCCUACCGGACGAAGCACCAAUGGUCAUUCCAGAUAACGUCACGUUCCGGCAGCUACAACACAUAGACAUUCAGCAAGCAGCGAUGGAUCAAUCCCUGAGCGAGACACAGCAGCAGUGUGAGGAGGAGUACCCUAUCGUGCGAGAAAAGCUCACACGGCGUUGCCUUACCUUUGCAGACCAGGCUUUUACUGUCGAAUGGACAACUAUCGCCAAAGCCUCACCGCGGAAACACAGAGAACGUUAG